AAGAGAAAAAACAAAAAAGAAUAGUCAUCAUCAUCAUCAUCAACUUCAGUGGCAGCAAUAGCAAGAGAGGUUUCUUUAAUUAUGUCCAUGGAAGGUGUUUUUCUAGAGAAAACCAAAACAAACACAACAACUACUCUCCCUGAUCUAUCUCUCCACAUCAGUCUCCCAGAUAUUCAUCAAUAUCAUCACAAUGAAUCAUCCAAAGAAUCUUCAAGAAGAUCGUCCCAACCCGAACACAACAACCGAUCAUCCAACUUUGAACUCUCUUUAUCUCAUCAUAACCACCCAACCGCAAGAAUCUUCCAUUGUCCUGAUCGAAGAACUCUUAAUCUUCCUCAUCAGCAGCAUUACAACAACCCUAUCAUUAAUGGUGGAAGUCUUCAUCAUCAAAGGGUCGAUGAAUCCGAGAUUAGUAAUCUCCACCGUCCAAUUAGAGGUAUCCCGGUCUAUCACAACCGUUCAUUCCCUUUCCACCAACAAAACUCUCCUUCUUCUUCUUUACCUUCUCUUGGAGGAGGAGACUUGGAUCAAAUCUCAAUCUUAAACUCAUCUUCCGGCUAUAACAACGCUUACCGAUCAUUACAAUCUUCCCCGAGGCUUAAAGGUGUUCCUUUGCAUCAUCAUCAUCAUAAUAAUCACUAUGGAUCAGUCGUUGGAUCUUCAGAUUCGUCUUCUCCACAUCAUCACAACCAUCAUCAUCAUCAUGGGAUGAUCAGAUCAAGAUUCUUGCCUAAGAUGCCGACAAAGCGGAGCAUGAGAGCUCCAAGGAUGCGUUGGACAAGUAGCCUCCACGCGCGGUUUGUUCACGCUGUUGAGCUUCUAGGCGGUCAUGAAAGAGCAACUCCAAAGUCGGUUCUUGAGCUCAUGGAUGUAAAAGACUUAACUUUAGCUCAUGUGAAGAGCCAUUUGCAGAUGUAUCGAACUGUUAAGACCACUAACAAGCCUGCUGCUUCAUCUGAUGGGUCAGGCGAAGAAGAAAUGGGCAUAAAUGGAAACGAAGUUCAUCAUCAAUCAUCGACGGAUCAAAGGGCACAAUCUGAUGAUACUUCUCUUCAUCAAGAAAUUGACAUUUCUUCCACACAACCUCGUUGGAGUAACUCUUCACGAGAGACAUGGCCAUCAAGUAAUAACUGCUCAAGCGACAUAGAUACAAUGAUCAGAACUUCAUCAACAUCAAUGAUCUCUCACUAUCAAAGAUCCAGCCUUCAAAAUCAGGAGCAAAGGUCGAAUGAUCAAGCAAAGAGGUGUGGAGAUCUUAGUUGUAACAAUCCAAGUUUGGAGUUUACAUUAGGCAGACCAGAUUGGCACGAGAAAUGACUUUCUUGAUCGAUUUGGUUUUUUUAAAAUAUAUAUUGGUUUUUUUG